UCCUGCCCGUCACUUCCCCCGCUGCCGCCGCCGCUCCCGCCGGGCCGCCGGACUCGUGCCCCUGCCCAGGCCCCUGCUCCCGCCGCCAUGGCCAUGAGGCAGACCCCGCUCACUUGCUCCGGCCACACGCGGCCCGUGGUGGACCUGGCCUUCAGCGGCGUCACCCCUUACGGAUAUUUCCUCAUCAGCGCCUGCAAGGAUGGCAAGCCUAUGCUGCGCCAGGGAGACACGGGAGACUGGAUUGGCACAUUUCUGGGUCAUAAAGGUGCUGUUUGGGGUGCCACCCUUAACACGGAUGCCACUAAAGCAGCUACAGCAGCAGCAGAUUUUACAGCCAAAGUGUGGGAUGCUGUGUCAGGCGAUGAACUGAUCACAUUGGCUCACAAACACAUUGUCAAAAGUGUGGAUUUUACACAGGAUAGCAAUUAUCUGUUAACAGGUGGACAAGAUAAGCUCUUGCGUAUCUAUGACUUGAGCAAGCCAGAAGCAGAACCUGACGUUGUCAGUGGACAUACUUCUGGCAUUAAAAAGGCCUUAUGGAGCAGUGAUGACAAACAGAUUCUUUCAGCUGAUGAUAAAACUGUCCGCCUCUGGGACCGGAGUACCAUGACUGAAGUGAAGUCACUAAAUGUGGCAAUGUCAGUGAGCAGCAUGGAGUAUGUUCCAGAAGGACAGAUACUGGUGAUAACCUAUGGCAAGACUAUUGCUUUUCAUAGUGCAGAAACUCUAGAGCAGAUUAAAUCAUUUGAAGCACCUGCUACAAUCAAUUCUGCAUCACUUCACCCUGCGAAAGAAUGUUUGGUUGCAGGUGGUGAAGAUUUUAAACUCUAUAAAUAUGACUAUAAUUCAGGAGAAGAAUUAGAAUCUUACAAAGGGCACUUUGGUCCCAUUCACUGCGUGAGAUUUAGCCCUGAUGGAGAGUUAUAUGCAAGUGGCUCUGAGGAUGGUACACUAAGGCUGUGGCAGACAACAGUAGGGAAAACCUAUGGCCUUUGGAAGUGUGUAGUUCCUGAAGAGGAGAAUGCAGAAGCAGCAAAAGCAAGGACUACCCUUCCAGGAACUGCAGAGGAGGAAAUAGUUGCAGAAGAGAUUGCCUCUGAAAACUCAGAUACAGUGUACAGCUCAACUCCUGAAGUGAAAGCCUGAUUACUGCAGCUGUUACGUGACACAUGGACAUGCGAGACUAAAUCAAGUGAGCAGUGACAGACAGCAGCCUUCCAGAGUGCGCUCUCUCCGUGGGGCAAAGAUGGGCAGUAAUUGAUGAGAAUGCAGUGGAACUGGCUAGGUGUUGUCUGUAAGAGAACUGAGCAUCCAAAUAAAAACCCAAAAGACAAGUAGUAGAGUUUUGCUGGCUUUUUGGCAUAACUGCCUACUGUCUUUUCAAAGAAGUGUGCAAGCCAAGAUCCAGUCUCUCCAAUCUCAAUUAGACUCAUUGUAGUGUGUUUUCAUUAUUACGAAGAAGAGAUGAUACAAUGGCUUUUACCAUUUUUUUUCUUGAAAGUUGGAAAAAUUGGCUCUAGUUGAAAAGAAGGGAUUAUGUACUUAAAAGUAUUUGGUUCGGGUUUUGUUUCAUUGUAUGCUGCUUCUGAAUGUUUAACUGUUUUCAGUUGUCUAAAUAAAAUGCCUCUCCAAACUCGUACAUUA